AACUUGUUAGUUAUGAGUAUAAGGGUUAAAAGCAAUUUUGCAAUCACUAAUUUUGUAACUUGAUAUUUCUUUUCUAUUAAAUAAUUUUUUUCAUAGUGGAAACUAAUAAAUAUUUUGUUCCCAACCAAACUUUGUAAUUCUCCCAUCAAAUAUUUUAAUUUUCAAAAAUAAAAUAAUAUACAAACAAAGAUUUUUCUUUCCAUUCACAUUUUUUUCUCCACCAGAGUUGGUGUCUUUAUCUGCUGCUCUUGCAUAAACACCUCAAUUUACUCUGCAAACUUUUCUCAAUCAAGAAACAUGGAAAAUUCCCUUGUUAUAAUUAGAGCUUUUCUUUCUUUCCUUCUUGUCGGGGUAUUGAUGAUAUGGGGAUGGAGAAUUUUAAACUGGGUGUGGCUGAAGCCAAAGAGGCUGGAAAAGUGCUUGAGGCAACAGGGUCUAACAGGAAAUUCUUACAGGUUUUUUUCUGGAGACAUCAAAAAGCUCUUCACCAUGAGCAGACAAGCAAAAGCCACACCUAUGGCCCUCGGUGAUGAUAUUGCCCAAUAUGUUUCUCCUUUCCUUUGUCAAACUGUCAAGAAUUAUGGCAAGAAUUCAUUUUGGUGGAUUGGUCCGAGACCAAGGGUGAUAGUUAUGGAUCCUGAAGAGGUAAGAGAGAUACUUACCAAAUUCAAUGACUUUCAGAAGUCGCAUACCAACCCACUUUUCAACUUACUUAUAAGUGGGCUUGUAAAUCUCGACCAAGACAAGUGGGCUAAGCAUAGAAAGAUUAUUAACCCUGCAUUUCAUCAAGAUAAGUUGAAGAAUAUGUUACCUGCAUUUUAUCAAAGUUGUAUUGAGAUGAUCAGCAAAUGGGAGCAGAUGGUGUUUGUAGAGGGAUCUAGCGAGUUGGAUGUGUGGCCUUUUCUUGUAAAUUUGACAAGAGAUGUGAUUUCCCGAGCAGCAUUUGGGAGCAACUACGAAGAAGGAAGACGAAUUUUCCAACUACUAGAGGAGCAAACCAAUCUUACAAUGAAAGUAGUACAGUCAGUUUAUAUUCCAGGAUGGAGGUUUUUACCAACUAAGACAAACAGGAAGAUAAAGGUGAUUUACAGAGAUAUAAAAGACUCACUUAAGGAAAUGAUAAAGAAGAGAGAGAAGGCAAUUAAAGCCGGUGAAGUUAGUAAUGAUGACUUAUUAGGCUUACUUGUAGAGUCCAACAUUAAAGAAAUUGAAGCACAUGGAGAUCACAAGAAUAUGGGAAUGAGUAUUGAAGAUGUGAUUGAGGAGUGCAAGCUGUUCUACUUUGCUGGCCAAGAGACCACCUCAGUUUUACUGGUUUGGACAAUGAUUUUGCUGGCAAGGUAUCCAACUUGGCAGUCAAAGGCUAGAGAAGAGGUUCUGCAAGUUUUUGGUGACAGUAAACCAGAUUCUGAUGGCCUGAAUCGUUUGAAAGUUGUAACAAUGAUCUUGUACGAGGUUCUUAGGCUGUACCCUCCAGUCGUUGCUCUAGCACGUUCCGUUCCUAAAGAAAUAAAACUUGAAAAAUUGUUGUUACCAGCUGGAGCAGAAAUUUCACUUCCAAUCCUCCUCAUUCACCAUGAUCAAGAACUUUGGGGAGAUGAUGCACAUGAAUUUAGACCUGACAGGUUCUCAGAAGGGGUUUCGAAAUCGGCAAAGAAUCAAGUUGCAUUUUUCCCCUUCGGAUGGGGUCCUAGAAUCUGCAUUGGACAGAACUUUGCUCUGAUGGAAGCAAAAAUGGCGCUUGCAAUGAUCCUGAGACAAUUCUGGUUUGAGCUUUCCCCUUCUUAUGCUCACUCUCCUUGCUCUAUUUUUAUUCUUCGUCCUCAGCAUGGUGCUCACAUAAUUUUACAUAAACUCUAGGUACUAACAGGAUAUUCAUCAUGUAAAGGUUAGUUCUUGAAAAUGUAGCAUUCCAAUGAACAAUGGUGUGAUCUAUUGAUAAAAUGUUGAACUUUUAAUUCUAGUGACUAGGAUUCAAAUCCUUGAAAGUCUCAAUUACAAAAAUGUAGCAUUCUUAGCAAGAAUAACAAGGAUGAACUUGCAUCAGAACAUACAUUUAGGGGUACAUGUCAAUUAGCCUUCCCCUAAAAAAUUAAAUUAGACUUGACCAAACAGUGCGCUUUGCUUUCCGAAUAUCUUGAUGUUUGCUUUCAAGCAAUUCCCAAAAAAUAAUGGCCAGAAGCGAUUUACUUUUGCCAUAAGGGUCAAAAACAUCUUGGAAUAAAAAUUCAAAAAAUCGUUGAAGUCCUUAAUGUU